AAAGGUAAAACUGAACGAAGGAAUGAGAAACCAGCAGAGGAGGUUUGAGUGUUUCUGUAUUUUCUGAUCUAGAGACUUUAACCCUGUGAAGACAGGAAGUUUGUCUGCAGCUGAUAACAGUCAAAAUGAAAGUAGCAGCCUUCAACAUGAAGAACCUGGGGAUGAAAAAAGUCUCCGACAGCUUCGUCUCCAAACGUCUGAUCGAGAUCAUGUCUCAGUACAGCAUCGUGCUGAUUCUGGAGGUCGUGGACAAAAACAACAAAGCCAUGGAGCUGCUGCAGGAAAAACUUAACAAAGCUUCGGAACGUUCAUAUAAAAUGGCCCGCAGCGCCUGUCUGGGUCGAGACACCUACAAGGAGCAAUAUGUUUAUUUCUACAGAGAAGACGAGGUGAAGCUGGAGGAUGAAUAUCAGUAUGAAGACAACCAGGCUGGAGAUGAAGAUGCUUUUGCCAGAGAGCCGUACGUCGUGCACUUCAAGUGUCCAAACACAGUUGCUGAGGACCUGGUUCUGAUCCCAGUCCACACCAAGCCAGAAGACGCACAAAAGGAAAUAGACGAGCUUUACGAUGUGGUCACGGCCGUCAGGGAGAAAUGGGGAAUUGAUAAUAUUAUCAUUUUAGGAGACUUCAAUGCAGAUGGUCGCUAUCUUUCCGCGAAGAAAAAGAAGACUGUACGCAUCUGCAAAGAGCCUUUUCAUUGGCUGAUCGACGACAGCGUGGACACAACAGCCAGCAACUGCAACGACGAAACCUACGACAGGAUUGUGGUCUAUGGAAGUGAAAUGCUGGACGCCAUCGUCCCCGACUCGGCCAAAGCCUUCAACUUUCAGAAAGAGUUCAAACUGACCGAUGAAGACGCUCUAAGGAUCAGUGAUCAUUAUCCUGUGGAGGUGGAGCUGAAGACUAAAGCAGGACCAAAGAAGACCCAACCUAAAAAGAAAGGACCUCAGAAGGAUGCAGGAGCUGAAGACUAAAACAGGACCAAAGACCCAAACUACAAAGAAAGGACCUCAGAAGGAUGCAGGAGCUAAAAGAAAACCAGGA